UUUUCAUUCGACAAUAAUUUGAUGCCAAAAUGCAAAUUUCAAAAUUUUUACUCAAUAAUAAUAAUAAAAAAUUUGUUGCAAGACAAACAUUUCAAAUUGGCCAUAAAUUACAAUGGUUUCCUGGUCAUAUGAGAAAAGGAUUAAGAGAUAUUGGAAAAGUUCUUCGACGAACUCAUUGUAUUCUUGAAGUACAUGAUGCUCGUAUUCCAUUCAGUGGAAGAAAUCUAAAUCUAAUCAAACGAUUAGUAUCGAAUAAACCAAUCAUUUUGAUAUUGAACAAAUCGGAUUUACUUUCAGUAGAAUUUAGACCGUUAAUUCGAUCACAGUUGAUGGAAAAAAUGCAUGAAAAUAAUAUUCAUCUGGAAGAUAUUGUCUUUAUGGAUUCGAUAGCUGCCAAUGCUAAACAUGCCGGUUAUAAUAAUCAAUUUUUAUCCACUAUAUUGAAUUCGAUUGAAAAAUUGCCCAACAAUACGAUUGAUGAAUCGGAUUUUUUGAUGAACGAAGAAAAAAGUUAUAAUUUAUUGGUGAUGGGCAUACCGAAUGUUGGUAAAUCGACCAUUAUUAAUCGUUUAAGAAAUGUUCUUCUGAACAAAGCUGGCAAAGCAACUGUUGUCGGUGCAAAAGCUGGUGUUACAAGAGCUGUUUUAGAACGAAUCAAAAUCUGUGAUCAUCCUCAUAAACUAUAUCUAUUCGAUACGCCUGGCAUACUGGAACCAAGUUUUGAUCGUAAUGAUCCUGAACAAUUUAUGCGCUGUGCUCUUUGUGGAACGAUGUCCGAUGAAGUAAUUGGUAAAGAACUAAUUGCUGAUUAUCUUCUAUAUUGGUUAAAUAAACAACAACGUUUUGAUUAUGUUGAUUUUCUUGGAUUAUCAUCACCUACCAAUGAUAUUCAUGAAGCAUUAACCUAUGCAGCCAUCAAAUAUAAUCAAUUUCAUUCAUAUUUAAAUCUAGAAACCGGUGUUCAAGAACCGAAACCAAGUUAUAUACAAUUAGCAGAGAAAUUUAUUGCAGAAUUCCGAAAAGGAAAUUUUGGUCGUCUUUUAUUAGACAUAGAUAUGAUUGAAACAAAAUGAUGUUUUUUGUUUGUUUUUUUUUGAAUAAGUUUUAUUAAAUCAUAAUUAU